UCUUUACAAACAGAGGAUAAUGCAAACGAUGACAUAUGUCCCCUGCAGACCCUUAACACAGGGUUAAGGGGGCUGGGUGAAGGCAGUCUCUCAUUCCUCCUGCACUCAUGCAUUCAACGCUUCCUUCCAAAGUGAAGUGGCUGUUUCUUUUCUCUUUUAACACGUAAUGUUUCCCCCCUGGAUCCUGGCUGUUGAAGUGAGCUAGUUAUUUUUAAUCCCUGGAUGGCUGAGGGGGGUGGGAGAAGAGAGCCUGUGAGCUUUGGCUACAAGCUGACCAGCACAAAGCCCCGUUUGUGGCUGCUGUCUCUACAAACCCAUACUGAGGGAGAGUGCCCAGGCGUUCACAUCUGUCCUCCUCAGCAGUAGGCACACACUACUCUAGAAAGCCUCCAGUGGAAAAUGAAAAAGCCCAUUGUUCUUAUGCUUUUGAGCUUGCUGCUGGUUACCCAAGCCAUGCCGACAAAUCGUCCGUCGUGUUACAAAAAGCUGUUGCAGGGUCGAAGCUGCCAUAACAUCCCCGAAGGGACCGAACACUUACGGCUCAUAGACCAGGGGUUGACGGAUCACUUCUGGGCUGGGGACGACUGCGAGAUUGUGUGUUAUUGCAGUUUCCAAGAAUUGCUUUGCUGCCCUAAGGACAUAUUCUUUGGACCAAAGAUUUCUUUUGUGAUUCCUUGCAAUUCCCAAUGAAAAGAAAUUUAACAGCAGCUUGAAAACCAUUCACUGGUCUGCAAUCAAAGAAAGGGUUACCUACUCCCUGCGUAUAGAACUUUACAAAAUCUCCUGUGAUUUUCCUAAAAUGUCAUUUGUAGAAUGUGCCCCACAACACAUGUACUUUUUUGCAUGAACAAUUGUUAAGUUAUAUUUUAAUUUCAAAGAUUGAAAUAACAAUACAGUGCAUGC